CGGUGGCUCGAGGAGCAACAGUCGUGAUGACCGGAGGGAAGACCCUCCACGCCCGGGCCCACCGACAUGCUAUGGAUGCAGAGUGGUCGGUCAUUAUCGUACCGACUGUUGGAGGUACUGGACUGACCCGGUGGCUCGGCGUCAAAUGGAAGCGGACGGGUAUGCCUGCCGAGCCGAGUUUAAUCGGAGGGCUGGUACUACAUCGCCACCACGAGAUCGAACACAGCAGCCGACGGCGGUUGAACUUGCUGCAGAUGUUCGCCUUGAUGAAAUUGGCAGGACGGUCGCAUCUGUCCAAGAAUUUGUCGAGAUGGCAGCCAGGGUAGCCGAGGCCGAGCGGGCUUUUCGCAAAGCAGAGAAAUUACGGAAACGCGAGGAGGAGCAGCUUGCCAUGGCGAAGGUGGUCGAAGUCCAACUCUUGGUGAGGCUCCGAGACAUCAGGGAGGAGAUUAGAGCUGAAGUUUGUAAGGCGUUAUCGAGUUCAGUGGAGAAAAGUCAAACGAAGACGGCAGUGACCGCCAAGGGGAAAGAUAAGGUGAUUGCUAUUGAAGACUUUCCGUCAACAUCUGGAACGUCCAACGACGUGGAGGCCAUCACUGAGGGUGCCGGGAAUCUGUCGAUACAGGAGAAGCGUAAGCGUGGGGAGGAUACACCAGUGGGCUGCAGCCCACCAGUGACAACGCCAGCUAAGCGCAUAAGUAAACAAAUGAGCAUUCGUCCUGUGCGCCUUUCCGAAUGUUUGCAACGAAUGAGCACUAAGAUCGCGGUCAGACGACCGACGAAAGGAGCUGCCACCAAAGCGCUCACCGCCAUGAAACCGACAGCCAAAGACUCGAUGAUGGAACUAAUGUUGUUCCUCGAUAGCUCUCAGAGGGAGCUAUCGAAGUUGGACUAUGACACACUGCGGGCUUUCUGCCGCGAAGAGGGAGUGAACUAUACUACGAAGGUGCAAGCCAUCUUUGACCUUGCUGAUCGGCGCGCUCAGUUACGUUUCGGCGAACAGCUACCAGAAUUUGGAACGUUUGAGAGUUCGGAGGAAGGGGCGCACUGUGAGGUCAGGAGGUGACCGACGAAGGAGCACACAUCUGAACUGGGCUCACUACGCAUCAAUGGGUUGUUGUGACCGAGGUCAUCAUUUCGUUUAGACACACAGCGGACGAAGCCCUGGAUCUGAUCUAUUGUCUUUUAACCCUACUGCUCGCUUUGCGUGGUCGUUUUCGAUGGCUCAUGAAAUGUGUUGAUUCCUGGGUUAAAAUGUAUUUACGUUUUGGUCUGGAUUUCCUUACACAGCCGAACUGUGUGUAUGUAGUCACCUCGAUCCGAUGCAAGUCUCAGUACGUUGGUCAAACGUCUCGUUCACCAUUGACCGGAUGGAGAGAACAUGUGUCCGUUUGUAAGCGGAAUGUGAAGAACAUGCUCUUGUAUCGUUGGUGGAGAUGUUUUGGUAUGGAAUCUUACUGCCUGUUACCUGUAGAAAUCGUAGAACCCGCUGAUCUGGUCCCUGUUGAGUCCGUAUUCAUUCGUUAAUGGUCACCAUUUUUGAACACGGCAGGUAAAAGCCCUAAUCCUAGUACAGGUGGACCGCAUGGUAAGAGGGAACGGGCUAGACGGGCUAAAUUGGGGAGGAACAAAGGGGAUAACAAUCG